AAAGAAGACCGUCUUUAAGAACGCAUUCUGGCUAGCCUCUAUGGGUAAUUGCGCGAGUGAACCGAAGACCAAUGAUUAUGCAUCACCAGCACCUGUGUUUAAGAAUGAGGAGUUAACAGCACAACCUGAUUAUGAUCGUGAUGUAUUGGUGAACACUAAGGAGACUAAUGGGGAUAAGCAACCCUCUCUUGGGGCCUUGCUUAAGGAGGAAGAAGAAAAGAUGGUCCUAGUUCCCUUAAAACCAAAAGAAAAAGAGGUAGUAGUUGUGCCAAAAGAAACGAAGGUAGCGAUUCAACCGAAAGAAAAAAAAGAAAAAGAAGAGCCUAAAACUACUACUGAGAAGAAAGAGGAGAUAGUUGUCGAGCAAGUGAAAGCACAUGAAGCAGAUAUAAAAUCGGUACCAACAACUGCAAUUACCCAAGAAGACAAGACUUUUGAUGAGGAGAAGAAACUAGUAGAAGAGACAAACGAGAUUAAGACAUCAGCAAAAGAGAUCGAUGAUAUCAAGAAACCAGCAGAAGAGAUUAAUGAUAUCAAGAAACCAGUAGAAGAGAUUGUUGAAAUUAAGAAACCAACGAAUGAGAUUGUUGAUAUCAAGAAACCAGUCGAAGAAAUCAAAGAUAUCGAGAAACCGGCAGAAGCGAUUCAUCAUAUCAUCAAGAAACCAAUUGAAGAGAUUAAGGAGACUGAUAAGAAACUCGAAGAUAUUAACGAGAUAAAGAAAACUGAACAGAUCAGUGACAUAAAGAACCCCGAAGAGAUCAAUGAGGAAAAUAAACCCAAAGAAAAUGGUGUGGAGAUCAAAAAACUAGAAAUGAAUGAGCAAACGUCGGAAAAACCUGAUAAUUAA